AUGAAUCUCGUGGAGCAGACUCCUGCGGUGACUUUCUAUCGGAUUCCUCGGGGAGAUAAUGCUCAUGUCGACACUCUAGCGAAACUUGUUAAGGAAAUGGCGCGUCCUCUGGAGGAUUCCAUCGAAGGAAAGUUUAUCAAAAUAUUGGAGGGCCUAGAGCUAUAUACCAGGGUUUUAUCUGAAACCGAUGAAAGAAGAAUUUUGGAUUGCAUCUUCGAUUUAAGGGAUAGAGGUCGAGCGGGCCUUCUCACAAAGAGGACGUAUUCUGAGCCAAAGAAAUGGAUGCGGGGAAAGGAAAGAAUCAUCAUCCAGUGCAGCUGUUGCUAUAAUUUUACGAACGACAAACAAGGAAAUCAGCCCGGGAUCCUCAGAUAUGACCAAGUGGAUCCAUUACCACCAAUGAUAAAAUGGAUGAUCAUUAGAAUGGUUAAGUGGAAUAUUCUACCCGCUACUUGCAUUCCCAACAGUUGUAUCAUCAACAUUUAUGAAGAGGAUGAUUGCAUUCCCCCACACAUUAACCAUCAUGACUUUGUGAGGCCUUUCUACACGGUCUCGUUCAUAAGUAAGAGCAAUAUUCUUUUUAGAAAAGCAAUCUAUGUAAUCGGCCCUGGAAAAUUCAGAGGGGCUGUGGAGAUCCCUAUUCCAGUUGGUUCAGUACUUGUUCUUAAGGGCGACGGUGCAGACAUUGCCAAGCAUUGCAUUCCAGGAGUACGACACCGUAGGGUGUCCGUAACCUUCCGCAAGAUGGAUGAUAGCAAAAUACCAUAUGGAUUCCAGCAGGACCCGGAAUUGGAGGAACUGUUUCCUUACGAGCUAUGA